CACAGUUCUAUUGUUUUCUAGUGAAAGAAGGUUGUUUAUUGUGUACCGCUACUUCAAAAUGCUGUUCCUACCUAUUCUUGUGAUAGCUAGCGUGGUUAUGAUCAAAGCUGACACAUACACUGACAGAUAUGACUCUAUGAACGUGGAUGACGUCAUAGCUAACAGAAGGUUGUUCAUUGCUUAUGUUAAAUGUGUAUUGAAUAAGGGCCGUUGUACACCGGAAGGAAAAGAGCUGAAAUCUCAUAUAACCGAAGCGUUGCAGAGUGGAUGCGUGAAAUGUACAGACAGACAACGACGUUCUAUAAAGAAAGUCAUAAAACACCUCAUACGUAGAGAAAACAACUAUUGGAACCAAUUGGUUGAAAUGUAUGACCCUAAAAGAAUGUACUCGAAAAUGUAUGAAAGAGAAUUGGGUUCUAUAUGAUUUUGUUUUUAAUAAAUAGAUAUGUUAUUGUUUUUAUAUUUUAAUUGUUAACUUUGUGUUACAUUAUAAAAACUAAGGAUGCAAGAAACAAUUCUAUGAUUAUUUGUUUGGUUUGUAAUUUUUUUUUUAAUUUAAAUUAAAAAUAAACAGAUUGUUGUUAGUUUUAAGAUGUUAAAUAAUUUCAUACUGUGUUGUGAAUAUUAUAAAAUAUUUUAAUGUACGAAAUUUGAGUAUUUUUGCGUCUGAUUUAUAAUUUAAUGUUAAUUACGUUUACUGCGGUAAGUAAAAUCAUAAUUCAUCUGGUGAGGCGGGCCGAAAUGCGCCCCCAAUGAUAUUCCGCCAGUGUGUGGCGGGUCUUUUUAGACCUACCAGCACUAGGUAUAUAAUUGCUAUAAUAAUUGUGGAAACAUAACGUAUACAUUUUAUGUAAUGUACACUUGAAAUAAUAGUUUCGUACUAGCGAAUUAGUUAUUCAGUUGUAUUCUUUACUUAAGUUUCUUAUUACAAAUAUAACACAUGGACAAUAAAAUAAGUAGUACUCCGCCAGCCAUUAAAAGAACAGAGAAAAAAAAAUGUUGCCACAGAUUAAAUUUUACAUCUAAUAGAGAGGGACAUAGUUUUCAUCGCCAGAACCAUGUAUUCUGUAUUCUUGAAGAUUUUUUAGUCUGUGCAUAAAUCAAUACCAUUUGUGAUAAU